CGAGUCACUCCACAGGCACAAACAUACAACCCGGAGAGAGAGAGAGUUGCCUUGAAAUACUGUGAGUUGCUAGAAAUGGCCAUGAACCACCUCUUAUCAUAUGACCACGAUGAUGAUGACUACAUUGACAUGGAAGUAAGCUCAUACUCCACCUUCUUCUGCCAAUCUAUAGGCUCGCCUCCAUUCCCAAAAGAGUUCGAGUUCCAAAAGUCCACAGCUUCACUAGAAAAAGACACCACAACUUCCCCAGCUGACGAGCUCUUCUACAAAGGCAAGCUCCUUCCCCUUCACCUUCCUCCACGUUUACAAAUGGUAGAGAAAAUCCUAGAAAACUCUAACUCUUCAUAUGAUCAUAGAAAAGACACAUUUGAAGAAUUCUUCAGCACCCCGCUAAUGACAACUGCCCCUACACCGACUUCGACCAGCACUCCAUUUGAAUCCUGCAAUAUUUCACCUGCCGAGUCUUGUUAUGUCAGUAGAGAACUAAAUCCAGAAGAGUAUCUCUUUGAAUAUUCAAGUGAAACUGGUGGUUUUAUCGAUGAAAACCCAAAACCGUGUAGGACCAAAAAGCUUAAUCUGAUCAAACAGUCCUCACUUAGCUCAAAACUUAAGGCUUCCCGGGCUUACCUCAAGUCUUUGUUCGGUAAGUCUGGUUGCUCAGAUGAUUCAUGUACAGUGGCUUCAAAAGUUGCAGAUGAAGUAACAGUUUCAAAAGCCAAAGAGACUUCGAACAAAUAUGUGAAGCCAGCAAAGAAGACGCCUUGUGGGCAAAUCCAGAAGGAUAAAUACCAAGCUUCAACUACUGCAUUGCAGAACAAACAAAGGAUCAGCGAGGACGGUAGUGGUCGCCUCCACAGGAGAUCAUUCUCAAUGUCCAUCAAACGGUAUUCAACAAAGAAGUCUUCAUCAUCAUCUGACUCGUCAUCAUCUUCAAGCUCGACUAGUUCAAAUGGGUUUCAACGGCUGCCAUUUCUAAAGAGAAGCAGCAGUGCAAAAUCCGAGAUAGAGAAUCCAAUCCAGGGAGCAAUUGCACAUUGCAAACAGUCCCAGCAGCUGUUCCAUUCGAGGAAGACUGUAAAUGAAGCCAAGUUAUACUCAUUAUCAGCUUCCAGAAUUUCCAUAAGUGAUGAACAAGAAAGGCCAGUUCUUUGCAGAGGCUGAUCUUCACCUAUAACAAAAAAGAAAGCAUAAAUUCUAACCUAGUUUCCAAUGCUUUCCUUUCUCUGGUUUUUCUAUAUUGAUCGUACGUCUAUCCUUUGUUCAGGGAAGGAGUAAAACUCUUAAUGCCUGUGUUUUAA